GCGCUGCACAUCACGCCGCCAUCUUGUAAAUGUAUAUUCUCUUUUGAGCGGAAGAACAAUUUGCAGCUUUCAGCUCAUGGCUAGUUAUUAAUUUUAUUGUUUUGGGGUUUUUUUGUUCCGUUUUACUUAUCUUUGAAGAAGAAACCGUGAUCAAUCAUGGCAGACGAAUUUGACAUCGAAGCCAUGCUGGAAGCACCCUACAAAAAAGGGGAAGAUGACAUAACCAACAACAAACCAAAAGAAAAUGGAAUUUCCAGCAGCCACAAAUCUUCAAGGAAAGACAAGGAGAAAAAGAGGAGCAGGUCCAGAGAGCGGCACAGAAGCAAAUCCAAGGAGCGUCACAGAAGCAGAUCCAGAGAGAAAAAUCGGAGUAAAUCAAAAGAUCGUCAUAGGAGUAAAUCGAAAGAUCGCCACAGGAGUAAAUCAAAAGAUCGUCACAGGAGCAAAUCAAAAGAUCGACACAGGAGUCGUUCCAAGGACAGGCAUCAUGGCAAAUCCAAGCAUCGAAGUCGGUCAAAGUCUCGAGAUCGUGGUCACAAGAGGCAUCAUAGUAGGUCGCGGAGCCGAGAUAAAAGUGAGCGUAGAGAGAGGCGAAAGAGAGCGCUUACGCCACUGGCACUACCAACCCGUAAAGAUCCACCGCCUAGGUAUAAGAAGUCACCGCCUUUUGCUGGAGUAAGAGCUCCCGCAGACGAACUUUCUCCAGAAGAACGGGAUGCCCGAACAGUUUUCUGUAUGCAGCUCUCUCAACGGAUCAGAGCGAAAGAUCUAGAAGAGUUCUUUUCAUCAGUUGGCAAGGUUAGGGACGUAAGAUUGAUCACUUGCAACAAAACGAGGAGAUUUAAGGGCAUAGCAUACAUCGAAUUUAAGGACCCAGAAUCUGUGCCUUUGGCAAUGGGUCUAACUGGACAAAAACUUCUAGGAAUUCCAAUUAUUGUACAACCAACGCAAGCAGAAAAGAAUCGUGCAGGCAACACAAUGCCUAACUUAAUCCCAAGGAGUCACCCUGGCCCAAUGAGAUUAUAUGUUGGAUCUCUACAUUUCAACAUAACGGAAGAUAUGUUAAAAGGAAUUUUCGAACCUUUCGGGAAAAUUGACAGCAUAAUGUUAAUGACGGAUCCAGAAACCGGACGAUCGAAAGGAUACGGAUUUAUAACGUUCCACAAUGCGGAAGAUGCGAAAAAAGCACUGGAACAGUUGAACGGGUUUGAACUAGCAGGUCGACCAAUGAAAGUUGGGAAUGUUACAGAGAGGAAUGAUCUGCAAAUGGGUCCAUCUGUCCUAGAUAACGAUGAGCUAGACAGGGCAGGAAUUGAUCUCGGUGCCACUGGCAGACUGCAGCUGAUGUACAAGUUAGCCGAAGGGACGGGUAUGCAAAUUCCACCUGCUGCUGCAAACGCUCUGCAAUUAGCAAACAAUGCUAUCGUCGGAAUGAUGGCUACAACUCCCACUCCAGCAGCUGCGGCUACGGCUGUGACGAAUCCUCCCAUUGCAACACAGUGUUUCUUAUUAGCAAACAUGUUCGAUCCUUCAAGUGAAACCAACCCCAACUGGGAUCAAGAAAUAAGAGAUGAUGUGAUCGAAGAGUGCAACAAGCAUGGAGGCGUUCUUCACGUUUUUGUUGACAAAGCAUCACCCCAAGGAAAUGUCUACGUCAAAUGCCCCACAAUAAAUACAGCAGUUGCCGCUGUUAAUUCGCUGCACGGACGGUGGUUUGCGGGAAGAGUGAUCACCGCUGCGUAUGUACCGGUUCUUAAUUAUAACAGUUUGUUCCCUGACACAGUCGCCUCAACACAGUUGUUGCUUCCAACUCGGAAAGGACAGUAAUGCUAACGGUUUUGUUUCUCUCUAUCUAGGUUUUAAUGUUCAAAGUUUGUAAAUUUAUUGAUCUGUGCAUAUAUUUGUAUAAAAAUUUUAUCCACAAGUUUUGUUUGAACACUUCGGUUUGGAUCUUUGCUUAUUUUUUCCGAAUUUUUGUAUAUUGUUUCUGUACAAAUAAACUUUUGUCUUUUGUUAAA